AUGCCUUCGUAUCUCAUCACCGGCGCAUCCCGCGGACUCGGCUUCGAAUUCCUGCGCCAACUCUCCGCCGACCCUAAUAAUCUGGUCAUCGGCCUUGUGCGCAACAAGCCUGCUACCGAAGAGAAGGUAGCGGCCGAAUUCCCGGGACGGAACGUUCAUCUCGUGCAGGGUGAAUUGACGGAUUACGAGGCUCUUAAGAAUGCCGUCAGCGAGGUCGAGAAGAUAACACCCAGCCUGGACCAUCUCAUCGCCAACGCAGCACACGUAUCGUCCUGGUCAGCGUACGAUGGGAUCGGAGAUCUUGCAGCUAAAUCCCCCCAAGAGCUCAACAACGACAUCCUCGAAUCCAUCCGCGUCAACGUCCUCGGCAACAUCUCCCUCUUCUCGCUCUUCCUGCCGCUGGUCCAGAACGGCACAGCCAAGAAGAUAGUCACCAUCACGACGGGGAUGGCGGACCUCGAACUCAUCUCGGCGUUCGAUGUCGUUGCCGCAGCGCCGUAUUCGAUCAGCAAGGCGGCGAUGAAUGCGGCGUAUGCGAAAUUUAGUGCCCAGUAUCGGAAAGACGGGGUCUUGUUUAUGGGUGUGAGUCCGGGGUUGGUGGAUACGGGGAAUUAUGAGGCUACCCCCGAGCAACUAGCCGGGAUGCAGGAGAUGGUGAAGCAGUUCGCGACGUAUGCGCCGGGCUUCAAGGGCCCGAUUACUCCGGAAGAGUCGGUGGGAUUUGUUCUCGAGACGAUUCAUAGGGCGGAGAUCAGUAAGGGGUAUGCUGGGGCGUUUGUUUCGCAUUAUGGGAAUAAGCAGUGGCUUUGA